UGCAAUUCACGAUGUCGCAGAGUCUGUCAUCAAUAUGAAAUUUCCAAGACUUCGGAUUUUACACACUCACUGUUGUCCCAAUCCCGGGUCCUUCGAUGAGGAUGACACUCUCGACAAUUUUAUGAAUUGGACAAUCUGUCAUUCCAUCCGAAUGCUCGUAGUGGACAUCGGUCAUGGCCAAACUUAUUUAGAGGCUCUCUGCAGAGACUAUAUUUCCCCAUUUCAUAUGACACCUCACCUCAGACAUAUUGUCUUCAUCUUGAAUCCGGAAAAGGCCGUUCCAGAAAGUGUGCCUUCUACACUGGUUAAAGCUCUCAAGUCUCAUGGAAUCCAAUCUCAUAUGCUGCCUUACUUCAACCCAGAUGAAUUGAUGGCACUGGACGACGAGCUCAACGGGCCAAUGGAGUGACUCAAUUUGGCUUGUCAUAAGUUCUCGAAGAUCGAUACCAUUGCUGUAUGAAUGUUUGCUUGGAAAUGGAAAGGAGAGUGAAAGAUGAGUGAACUUUAGAUUUGACUUCCGAGUCAAAAUCUUGGAACCUUCCACAGAAAAGAUGAAAUCAGUAAGAAUCAAUAUCAACAGGUUGUAGUAUAUAUGAUGAUUGUAGAUCACAUUGAUGGACGUAAACAAGGAUCAAAAAUUCUCUUUCAAUAAUACAUCGGUGGUACAACACUUUUCAUAACUUACACAGCCUUUGAUCAAAGUCACAAUAAACCUAUAUACUUUGUUCGAGAUACAAGUGACUUAAGGCAAGAACUGUCAGGGUAAAUCGUCACAAUGAAGCUUUUUGAUCACAC